AUGUCCUUCCUCCGUAUUCUCCGAAUCGGGACGAACUGCAUUCCUCGGAGGUAUCUCCCAGUCUUCCUGCUCGGAGUUGCGGUAGCUAUUCUCCUCUCGCAAGGUUUCCUGGCCUAUAUUCUCUAUGGCAUUCCGGACUCAUCGGGAUAUGCUUACGGGUCUUUACGCGUGGAGAGCGGGCCGAACAUCGAUCUCCGGACUCAGAAUGAAAUCGAGGCCUGGCAACAGAGGCCCACGAAGGAGGGAUCAGCGACAGAUCUGGCAUUCAAGCCGAAUUGUACGAUAACAAAUGCAGAUGUGCUCUCAGCUCUGCGCCGUGCGAAGACUUCCGAGUGUAAAGAAGAAAUCACGAACAUCCACUGCAAAGAUCUUCGGCGUGAGCUCUAUCCGACUCGAUUAAACAGUACCUGUCCGCUCCACGGAGCGUCAGCCAAACUAGGAUGUUUUAAAACUGUAAAUCUCGAGGCAUUGCAUUCGCCUCAUUAUAUAAUGAAUAAUUCGCUCAAGAAUCAAUCUCCGGUGAUUUACUCUGACCGCAACAGCUGUAUAAAUGCUUGUCUCACGAUCGGAUCCCCGUUUGCGAUGUACACAGCUUCAUUGAAAAGAUGCUUCUGUUCGAAUGCUUCACUUGACGAGUGGAAUAAAGACGUAAACUGUAUAGAAUGCAGUGACUGUGAUCAAGUUUUCAAGACUGGUCUGCCUACAGAUGCACCGAAAAAUGUGGCGAAUACACGAACUCAAGCGAGCACUAAGCGAGCCAGGAUCGUAUUCCUCCUGACAGUAAACGGGAGAUCGGUUCGUCAGGUCCGACGUUUGAUUACUGCUCUGAGGAACACUUCGAAGAUCAAUCAUUACUUUUACGUGCAUGUCGAUGAGAGACAAGAUUAUCUCUACCGCUCGCUGAAAGAGCUGGAAGACCCCUCCUGGCUCGCCGUGGGCUCGAGACGAUUCUCAACGAUAUGGGGCGGCGCUUCCCUACUGCAAAUGUUAUUGAGUUGUCUGGGAACCUUAAUCCGCAUGACUCACUGGCAAUGGGACUACGUCAUAAAUCUGAGUGAAACGGAUUUCCCUUUGAAGAGGGUCGAGUUACUCGAGCAGUUCCUGUACUUGAAUUUGGGGCAGAACUUUGUGCGACCCCAUGGACCGGAGACAGCCAGGUUCAUAGCUAAACAAGCCUUGAGGAAAACCUUCCACCAAUGCGAGAAUCGGAUGUGGAAGCUCGGGGAUCGCGAUUUACCCACCGGGAUCCACUUCGACGGUGGUUCCGAUUGGGUUUCGCUUCAUCGUGAUUUUGUCGAUUGGCUCAUCACGAACAGAGACUCGGAUCCUUUGCUCAAAGGUUUGGAGAGCGUCUAUCGACAAACUCUUCUCCCGGCCGAAAGUUAUUUCCACACGGUCUUACAGAACUCAUAUUUCUGCACGAAAAUCAUCGAAAAUAACUUGCGUUUCGUUAAUUGGAGACGAAAGCAAGGAUGCAAAUGCCAAUACAAGCACAUAGUCGAUUGGUGCGGAUGCUCGCCCAAUGUUUUUCUCGAAGAUGAUGAAGAAAAGUUGACUUCGCUGCAACUGAAACCCAUAUUUUUUGGCCGUAAAUUCGAGCCUGUGAUCUCCCAAAGCACUUUGAACUUCGUCGAAGGACAGAUCGGUAUCAAACCAAAGACAUCAACACACACUGAGAGCCUUUCAUCGUUCUGGCAAAACGAGUAUCACCACCUCGAUCGUUCGCCUCCGGUCGAUCAAGGACGUCUGUCGGCCUGGACUUCCCUGGCACGUCUAGCUGUCGAGCACCUUGCCAACCAGGGCAGUCAUUGUGUCCUCCGAGCUGUGAGAGUACUCGAAGCCUGGCUCUAUUUCAAGGAGGACAACUUUGAGGGUCUAGUCAUAAACUUUGAAGCGCACGCCGAGCAUAUACCAGAGCCAGUGAGGAGCGAGGCCAUCUUCAGACGAGUUGACCCAUUCAAACGAUCCGAUAGAUUUCAAAACGAUCGUUUCGCGGAUCGGCUGAGAGGACUCGAGGUCUCGACAGAGUUCGAUCUCAAAGAACUCUUGUCUCGGAAUUUCGCCGGAAUCAUCGGCCCAUACAGCGAACCUGGCGUCGUUCAGGAGUGGGAUGCAGGACCUGCAGGGUCGGUCACAUUCGUCUGGAUCGAUCCCGCAAAGGUCGUCGCUGGUUCCUAUGAAAUCCACGUGACUCGCAACGAGCAAAUCCAGAACCAUAAACCGCCUCUGAGGAAGCCUCUACGACCCGGCAACUGGCAAUUGAAAGUCUUUAAGGAUUGGGUGCUGAUGGCUGAAACAUCGUUUUUGGUUCAGCCGCAGACUUUCCACCACAACUUGCCAUUGAAAAACGAGAGCGUUUCCGAAAUCGUGAACGGCGGCCCGGAUCACGGCUAUACCGACACGGACUUGAGCACCGUGGAACGAUACCUCGGCUUCAGGAAAUCGGAUAUCCUAGACUCGAUAAAGGAGGCGGAGUCGAAGAGCAAGUGGACGUCGGUCAAACUCGAAAAAUGGUCUGAUGCACUGACCUGGCCGCGUUGGACUCUGGAAGGAUUGUGUUUCGUCGCCAAUCCCUUACACCAAACGGGUGGCGUGUUUUGCCCUCGACUGCCCUUGGAGUCUUGCGUCUACAUGCCAUGGAGCUCCGAGCGUCCAGAUGAAAAAAGCAAUAUCUGACAUCCUUUGCGCGUGAAGGGUCUCUUGGCACCAUUCCGGAUCGUCAUCGGAUAUUAUCAUAAAUACACUGUUAAUCAAGAGCCCAGAAAGAAAAAA